AUGGAAGGUUCGGGGGGUACCGGCUCCCCCCCCCGGGGUGUUGUCGGGGGGGGUGGAGGUGGUGUAGGGGGAGGGGGUGUCCCCGGAGCUGACCCCCCCGACCGUGCCGUCGAGUAUCUGCUGGAGCUGAACCGGAUUAUCGCGACUCAACGACAUCUCCUGGCGUCGCAACGGCGCCGGAUCGCGCAGCUCGAGGGGCAGCUCCAGCGCCUGGCCCGGGAGAACCGGCACCUGCGGCAGCGGGGGGGCGCGGGGGGGGGCGCGACCGGAGCCCCCCGGCACCAGGGCCACCCUGACCCCGACGGUCAAUAUCAUCAAAACCACCUGGAGCCCGACGCCGCCGGCCAGUACCGAGGGGGACACCCCGAGCCGCAGCCCCACGCCGACGGCCAGUACGGGCGGUACGAGGCCGUGACCGACCGCGACGGGCUGUACCCGGCCCGGCCCGAGCGCGACAGAGCCCACCAGAGCAGGAAGGAGCGCGAGAGGCAGCCCCCUCCCCACCCCAGGGACGGGCAGUUCCGCGGCUGCCUGGACAGGGAGGUGCAGUAUCAGCCUCGCCUGGAGCGCGACGGGCAAUAUCCCCCACGGAUGGACCGCGACGGGCAGUUCCUGAGCCAGGCGGAGAGGGAGGGGCCGUAUCAGGGCCAUAUGGACCAUGAGGGGCCGUAUCAGAGCCAUCUGGACCACGAGGGGCCGUAUCAGGGUCAUCUGGACCACGAGGGGCCGUAUCAGAGCCAUAUGGACCACGAGGGGCCUUACCAGGGCCGGAUGGACCACGAGGGGCCGUAUCAGGGUCAUCUGGACCACGAGGGGCAAUAUCAGGGUCAUGCAGAGCGUGAGGGGCAAUACCAAGGUCGUAUGGACCGCGAGGGGCCGUAUCAGAGCCAUAUGGACCAUGAGGGGCAAUAUCAGGGCCGUAUAGACCAUGAGGGACAAUAUCAAGGUCACCUGGACCGUGAAGGGCCGUAUCAGAGCCACAUGGACCACGAGGGGCAAUACCAAGGCCGUAUGGACCACGAGGGGCAAUACCAGGGUCACCUGGAGCACGAGGGGCAAUACCUGAGCUGCCUGGAGCGGGAGCUGCAGUACCGGAGCCGGGAAGGUCCUUACGGCUCGUGUAUGGACCGGGAAGGGCCAUAUCCUGCCCGGGGAGCGUUGUGCUGGGGCCCAGCGGGACUGGGAGCGGGAUUGGCCGCGGGGGCCACUGAGCCGAGGCCCUCCCGCAGCUCCAGCCCCGGAGGAGGGGGGCACAGCACCAGCGCCAGCACCAGUCCUGCCACCACCCUGCAGCGCAAGUCAGACCGAGACAGCUCCAGGACAGUGAGCGUGGAUGGCGAAGCUCCGGGCAGUGAGGGGGGGGGGGCCGGUACCCGACAGCCCCGGGAGACCCCCCCAGAGCAGGAAGUUCCGGGGGGGGGUCCCGGGGGGGGGUCCCCGGGUUUGGCCUGGCCCCGGCUGCCCCCGCAACCCGCCAGCGUGGCCCUGCGCAAGCAGGAGGAGGAGGAGGAGAGCAAGAGGCCGAAGGCUCUGAGUGACAGCUACGAGCUCUCCACUGACCUGCAGGACAAGAAGGUGGAGAUGCUGGAGCGCAAGUACGGGGGCUACUUCCGCACGCGCCGCGCCGCCCGCACCAUCCAGGCCGCCUUCCGGCGCUACCGCAUGGCGCAGAAGUUCGAGCGGCUGCGCAGCGAGGGGGGUCGCGCCCGGCGCCUGGCCCUGCCCGGCCUCCGCCUGCAGUUCUCCUUCGAGGAGUACGACAGGGUCCCGCCCCCGCCCUACUUCCAGGGCAAGCCCGCUUCGCUGGACGAAGGGGUUCUGGGGGGGACCCCGACGGGCGGCUCGAUACGGGGGGUCGUGUCGGGCGGGUUUGGACGGGGGAGGGGGGUGGGGAAGGGGGAGUGGGGGGAGGGGGGGGGUGGGGGACUCUCGGCCUCGGCUGAUUUCGGACCCGGCGGCGCCGACCUGGAGGAGGCCUUUGCGCAGCAGGUGAAGUCUUUGGCCGCCUCCAUUGACGAGGCGCUGGGGGGGGGGUCGUGGGGUUCCCCCCGGAGCCUCAGCCCCCCCCGCGGGGGACAGCGCCGCCACCGUCCGCCAGCGACGUCACCCUCUACCUGGACGAGGGGCUCCCCGGCUCCCCCCACUCCCCCGACCGCCCCCCCCAGCCCUGAACCCUCCCCCCCCGAACCCAUCACCGGGAGGAGGGGGGGGGGGGUCACCCCCCCUCUGCUGACGGUGGAACCCCCCAGCGACAGCUCGGCCGACCUCAGCGACCGCUCGGACCGCGGCUCCCUCAACCGGGGGGGUCCCUACGAACCCGAAGGGGCCGGGGCGGGGGGGGACCUUACCCCGUGGAGGCCCCCCUCAUCGUUGCUUUCACCCCGAAGCCCCCCCCCAGCAACCCCCCGGCCCCCCGCCCCCCGCCCCCCGGCCGCCGAGGAAGGUUCAGAAGUCGACAACGAGAGCUUGGGGAGCAGCUCCAACUCCAACGAGACCCUCAACUGCUCUUCGGGUUCCUCGUCCCGGGAUAGUUUGAGGAGACCCCCCGCGGGACCCCCCGGCAAAGCCACGUACCAGCGGGAAGUGCGGCAGAGCUGGGACUCGCCGGCCCUCAACAACGACGUGGUGCAGCGGCGCCAGUACCGCAUCGGCCUCAACCUCUUCAACAAGAAGCCGGAGAAGGGGAUCCAGUACCUGAUCGAGAGGGGCUUCCUGUCGGACACGCCGGUGGGGGUGGCCCAUUUCAUCCUGGAGAGGAAGGGGCUGAGCCGCCAGAUGAUCGGCGAGUUCCUGGGCAACCGCCAGAAGCAGUUCAACCGCGACGUGCUGGACUGUGUGGUGGAUGAGAUGGAUUUCUCCGGGAUGGAGCUGGAUGAGGCUCUGCGCAAGUUCCAGUCGCACAUCCGGGUGCAAGGGGAAGCUCAGAAGGUCGAGCGCUUGAUCGAGGCCUUCAGCCAACGCUACUGCGUGUGUAACGCGGCCCUGCUGCGCCAGUUCCGCAACCCGGACACCAUCUUCAUCCUGGCCUUCGCCAUCAUCCUCCUCAACACCGACAUGUACAGCCCCAGCGUCAAGGCCGAGCGCAAGAUGAAGCUGGAGGACUUCAUCAAGAACCUCCGAGGGGUGGACAACGGGGAGGACAUUCCCCGGGACAUGCUGGUGGGCAUCUACCAACGCAUCCAGAGCCGGGAGCUGAGGACCAACGACGACCACGUGUCGCAGGUGCAGGCCGUGGAGCGCAUGAUCGUCGGCAAGAAGCCGGUUCUGUCCCUGCCCCACCGGCGCCUGGUUUGCUGCUGCCAGCUCUACGAGGUCCCCGACCCCAACCGUCCCCAGCGCCUGGGGCUGCACCAGAGAGAGGUUUUCCUCUUCAACGACCUGCUGGUGGUGACAAAGAUCUUCCAGAAGAAGAAGAUCCUGGUGACCUACAGCUUCCGUCAGAGCUUCCCCCUGGUCGAGAUGCACAUGCAGCUCUUCCAGAACGCCUAUUACCAGUUUGGGAUCAAGCUGCUGUCGGCAGCGCCAGGCGGGGAGAGGAAGGUUCUGAUCGUGUUCAACGCGCCGAGUCCCCAGGACAGGCUGCGCUUUGCCAGCGACCUCAGGGAGUCCGUGGCCGAGGUGCAGGAGAUGGAGAAGUACCGAGUGGAGGCCGAGCUGGAGAAGCAGAAGGGGGUGUCGGGCCCGCGCACCGGGGGCACCCCCCGGGAGGCUCUGAACGGGCUGAGCCGCAGCAGCCUGGACGAGCCCUUCGCGCCGGGGGAGGGGCUGAAGCGAAGCGCCCUGAGCAGCUCCCUCCGGGACCUGUCCGACAGCGGAAAACGCGGCCGGAGGAACAGCGUGGGGUCCCUGGACAGCACCAUCGAGGGCUCCAUCAUCAGCAGCCCCCGACCCCAGGCGCGAGGCGUCGGAGCGGGCGCGACCCCCAUGGGGGGGGGUUGGUGGUGGUGGGGGGGGGUCCCGGCGGAGCUCCUGAGGGCUACAAACCGCCCCCCGCCCGCCCCGUCUCCAACUCUUCCUCCUUCUUGGGGUCCCUGUUCGGGAGCCGGAGGGGGAAAGGACCCCCCGGCCCCCCCCCCACCCCCCCCCUCCCACCAUCCCGGGGUCGGGGGUCCCACGUCGGCUUCGGCUUCUUCGUCCUCGGCGUCAUCGUCCCACCAUCAUCACCAUCCACCCCCCGCGCCCCCCCAGGCCCCCGAGGGUCCGUCCAAGCUGCAGGCACUCCACGCUCAGUAUUGUCACGGGGCCGGCGGGGGAGGGGGGAUGGUGGCGGUGGGAGGAGGGGGUGGUCCCGGACCUCCUCCGCCGCCCCCUCCCCCUUACCCCCAGCAGCCCCCUCCUCCCGCCCGCCCCGCGCCCCCCCCCCCCGCUCCCCGCCAUCGCCGCCGGAGCCCCCCCCCCGCUUCCACGGGGGACCCCAACCCCCGUUGUCCGCUCCCCCCCGUGCAGCACGGCCCUCCCGGGGGGGGGUUCCCCCCCCCGCACCCCCAUUACACCUUACACCGACCCGGCAAAAGGGGAGGGGCCCCCCCGGGACCCCCACGACAACCCCUUUCCCCUCUCCCCCUCUACAGCCCCGCUCCACCCCACCACGGGCUGCCCCACGGUUACCCCCCCCGCCCCCACUCCCCCGCCGGUCCCACCUCCCCGUUGGCCCAAACCGGACAGGGCCCCCCCAAACCCAAACCGGGGAACCGCAUCAGCACCGUCGUCUGA